AUGUGUAUUCCAAAUUUGGAUCCCAUAAUUCCAAUUCAAACUCAAGUACAAAUUGUAAGUUUACCUGGUCCUGCUCCAAGUGAAUCUAGAUCAUUUGCUGUAAAUCCAUAUGAUACAAUUCAUUCCUAUAUCCAUUUAGCCAUUGCUCCUUAUUUUGAUACCUAUGUUAAUAAUGCAAAAGAUAUUAGUACUAUUGGCAAGAAAUAUGAUGAUUCUAAAAUGGGAACUCCAAUGACUAAAAAGAAGACCACCGAAUUGAAAUUGUGUUUGCUUCAUCCGCAAAAAAAG